AUGGACAACGUGCUUGUGCGUGGCUGGCAAGACGAGGAAGACGAUGAAGAAGCCGGAAGCGCAAGCCCUGAGCCAUGGUACAUCGACCCAACGAGGCCGCGUGCCCUUGAGGCUGCCCUCGCCUUGCUGGGCGUUCAGGUGGAGUACUUAACGCGCUUCACCGCCGACGAGGUGAACACCCUAGUGGUGCGGACGGGCCUGACACACAUCCAAUCUAAUAUUUCCGGGUACGUGCUGCCCUCGAGCGGGAACGUGCGAAGGAGAUCUGGCAUUCGUGAUGCUGACAAGACUCGCGCAUCCAUUGACCGGGAAGAACAUGCAGGACCUGUUUCGGGCGGACCGGACACAAAUCGCGCGGUGGACGAACGCCUGCCUCGGAUGUCUCCAUCUGACCCUAACGAUCCUAGGCCGAUAUGCAAGCCCCAAGUGAAUCAAGCUUCGUACUAUUCCGAGUACUACAAGGCUCACGGCUUCAAGUUCCAAGGCGGCUUGAGCGUCACGGGCCUCUUCCAGGCUUUCUUCGGCCCAGAGGGUGGCAAGGAGAAGGACUCGACGCUCUGGGCCAAAUCUUGCGUUUCCGACUACCUCAAUUUCAUCCGAGAGUGCAGGGAGUCUGAUUACUGUGACGGUGGGCGCUGGUCUGCUGUCGGGGACCCGGCCUACAACGGGUGCAAGUAG